GCCAGGUGCGCAUCGACAACGAGAGGGAGAGAGAUCCACGACGGGCAUGGGACCCUGUCGGAUGCGCGGAGUGUGUAGAACAGUAGAGGCUGAGAAGAAUCGAGCGAAAUCUUUUGUGCCCAUCAGAGCGUCAGAGGAGUAGAGGGAAAGUGGGCCUCAGAGGAAGUGAGCUCUGUUCUUAGAGGAGCUCGCAGUAUGAACUCAGCUAUGGCAUUGUCCGCCUCCAGCUCCGUUUGUGGAGCGAAUUCUGUUCUGUCAUUGCGACAUGCUCCUGCGGGGCCGACUACAUCUUCGGUGAGAUUGGUGGGAGUUGCGGGACGGAGAAGCAACUUCGCAAGCGCUAGCAGCAGGAGGAAAUCUCAGUGGGCUUUGGCUUCAUCGGACAGUGAUGUAAAUUCGACGGAAUCCAAGGGGAAAUCGACGAAAACGGAGGAAAGUGUUCCGGCAUGGGCGCAGCCCGGGACUGAUGAGCUUCCUCCGUGGGCGAAGAGUGAUCGUCCUCCGACUCAGGAGCCCACCCAGGAUGCACCAUUUUUCGUGUACUUGAUAGGCUCCUCCCUCGUUGCAAUUGCUGCGGUUGGCUCUAUUUUUGAGUAUUUCAACAAGAACGCUGUCUUCGGUGUGGUGCAACCGGACAAUCCACUGUGGGCUCCCAUUCUUGGUUUCUUCGCUUUGACUGGUUUCCCCACCGCAGGUUUCCUUUUUUACAAGUCUAUUACUUUGGCAAACAAGGCAUCCGAGGACAUCGACAGAGAAGAUGGUGUUUCAGAUCGAUAGGUUUCAAAGAGCAAGUGCUGCUCAUUUGUGAGCUCAGACUGCAAGUUCAGUUCAUUUGUAAUCUAUCUCCAGUGGUUGAUAAGACCAACUGAUAUGUCCAAAAAGAGCGGCCCCUAACCCCGAGUCCCCAACUCGAAGGGGUUUCCCGUUGGCUGUAACGAUAUGUAAAUGUAGGUGGAUCGUCUUCUGGCAUGCUUGAAUUACUGUUUCCGAAUUCGGAUAGCAUCAUUAUUAUCAAGCACGCUCAACGAAGUGAAGGCAGAUCUCUCGAGGCUUCUGACUGCUCAUUUAAUAUGACAAGACAUGUGUGUAACAUAAUGCGGGAAUUGAAACUUUUGCAAGUGUGCCUUAUUUGAAGGAGUUAUAGCCCUUUUCAAUGUUCUUUGAAAGAAUGUCAUGACACAGUAUUUAAGCAUCAUGCUUCCUGUGUGUGCAUUCAUCAGUGGAUCUGUGAACUAGUGAAUGCAGGCGUAACGUUGUUACAUGGGUCGUCAUUUGUUCAGGAAUACAGAAUU